AUGGAGGUUGAGAAGUCCCAAGAGCAUUGGUGUGCAAGCCGGAUGCCCAGGUUUCUGUACAAGCACUACAUUCAUGUUUUGGCUUUCAUUUUUGCCAUCGAGGAGAUCAACAGGAACCCACUUCUCUUACCCAACGUGUCUCUGGGAUAUCACAUCUACAACUCCUACCAUAGUCAUCAGAGGACCUUGGAAGGCCCAGUGCUUUGGCUGUCAGGAGGGAGAGAGGAAAUUCCUAAUUAUAACUGUGAGAGUCAGAGCAAAUCUGUGGCAGUUGUUGAAGGAAUUACAUCAGCAUUUGUUCUUCAGCUGGGGACAUUACUGGAACUCUACAAAUUCCCACAGAUUAGUUAUGGUCUGUUUGACCCUUUACUGAGUGACAAAGAACUACUUCCAUCUCUGUAUCAGAUGUCCCCCAAGGACUCAUCUUUGGCUCUUGGUAUGGUGAAAUUAUUGCUGCAUUUCAGCUGGACUUGGGUAGGACUGAUUGUCUCAGAUGACAUGAAAGGUGAGCAAUUCCUCUGGGAGCUGAAAGAAGACAUGGCCAGAGAAGGUGUCUGUGCAGCAUUUACAGAGAAGGUGUCUACUGCUGAAAGAUUUAUUCCCUUUUCAAAUUGGGUGGCCAUGCCCAAUAUUGAUAACCCAUCAAUAAAUGUGACUGUUGUCUACGGUGAUACUGACGCACUAACAGCCCUGACCAUUCUGAUAAUGAACAGUUUGGAUACUUGGAAAGUGUGGAUCACCACCUACCAGUGGGAUUUCACCACAAAUGGGGAAAUUUUCCUGCUUAAUCAUUUCCAUGGGACUCUCAUUUUAUCGAAGCAGAGCAGAGAGAUUCCUGGCUUCAGACAGUUUCUUGAGACAGUUAACCCUUCUAAAUAUCCAGAAGACAUUUUUCUUAAAAAACUGUGGCUCUUUUCCUUUGAUUGCUCUUUGUCUGGUCCUGACUGUGAAACACUAGAAGACUGUCCACUAAAUGCUUCAGUGGCUUCUGUGCCUUUGCAUUAUUUUGACAUGAGUACAUCUGAUUUUAUUAAGACUACCUAUGAUUCUGUGUAUUCUGUGGCCCAUGCCCUCCACGAAGUGCUUCUUUUAAAAACACAAGUGGAAUCUGAGGAAAAUGCAAACCCACUGGUAUUUUAUCAGUGGCAGCUCCACCAACCACUGAGAGUCAUUCAAUUUACCAACAGUAUUGGAGACCAAGUGACCCUGGAUGAAAAUAGAAACUCUGUUGCUCAAUAUGACAUUCUGAACUAUUGUAAUUUGCCUUCUGGUCUCCAACAUCUGGUGAAGGUAGGAAAAUUCGUCCCCCAGGCUCCACAUGGUCAAGAGUUAACUAUACACAAGGAAAUAAUAGACUGGGCCAUCGGAUUUGAAGAGGCUCCCCUCUCUGUGUGUAGCCCAAGCUGUGGUCCAGGAUUUUGGAAAACCACACAGGAAGGAAAAGCUAUAUGUUGUUUUAACUGUACCAUGUGCCCAGAGGGUGAGAUUUCCAAUAAGACAGAUUCUGAUGAUUGUACAAAAUGCCCAGAUGACCAGUAUCCAAACAGUGGGAGGAAUCACUGCCUCCCAAAGGCUGUAACCUUCCUGGCUUAUGAAGAUCCACUGGGGACAGCACUGGCCAGCGUAGCUCUUUGCUUUUCUGCCCUCACAGCUGUGGUUCUUGGGGUCUUUGUGAAGCACAGACACACCCCCAUAGUUAAGGCCAAUAACAGGACUCUCAGCUACAUUCUCCUCAUCUCCCUCUUCCUGUGUUUCCUCUGCUCCUUACUCUUCAUUGGCCGACCCAACACAGCCACCUGUAUCCUCCGACAGAUAAUAUUUGGAAUCAUGUUCACUGUGGUUGUUUCAACCAUAUUAGCAAAAACUAUCAUUGUACUUUUGGCCUUCAAAGCCACAACACCAGGGAGAAAGACUAGGUGGUUUUUGGGAUCAGGAAUAUCUAGCUCAGUCAUUUUCAUCUGCUUCUUUAUCCAAGCAACUCUCUCUGGAAUUUGGCUUGGAAUUGCCCCUCCAUUCAUUGAUAUUGAUGCGCACUCUGAGUAUGGACACCUCAUCAUCGAGUGCAAUAAAGGUUCUGUCAUUGCCUUCUACUGUGCCCUGGGAUUCAUGGGCUCUUUGGCCCUAGUGAGCUUCAUCUUGGCUUUCCUGGCCAGGAACCUGCCUGACACCUUCAAUGAAGCCAAGUUUUUGACCUUCAGCAUGCUGAUGUUCUGUAGUGUUUGGAUUACCUUCCUACCUGUGUACCAUAGCUCCAAGGGGAAGGUCAUGGUGGCUGUGGAGAUAUUCUCCAUCCUGACUUCCAGUGCUGGGAUACUAGGCUGUAUCUUUGCUCCCAAAUGUUAUAUUAUUUUAAUAAGGCCAGAUAGGAAUACCCUGCAAGCAACUCUCUCUGGAAUUUGGCUUGGAAUUGCCCCUCCAUUCAUUGAUAUUGAUGCGCACUCUGAGUAUGGACACCUCAUCAUCGAGUGCAAUAAAGGCUCUGUCAUUGCCUUCUACUGUGCCCUGGGAUUCAUGGGCUCUUUGGCCCUAGUGAGCUUCAUCUUGGCUUUCCUGGCUAGGAACCUGCCUGACACCUUCAAUGAAGCCAAGUUUUUGACCUUCAGCAUGCUGAUGUUCUGUAGUGUUUGGAUUACCUUCCUACCUGUGUACCAUAGCUCCAAGGGGAAGGUCAUGGUGGCUGUGGAGAUAUUCUCCAUCCUGACUUCCAGUGCUGGGAUACUAGGCUCAACUGUCAUCAUUUUGGAGCUAGAUAUUAGGAAGAAAGUAACUGAGCCUGUUUUCUUCACCAGGAAGCUACAGCUUCACAUUCCCCCCCAGGGAACCACAAGUCCAUUCUCGCAGAACUCUGGGGGAAAGGAUAGAACAAAAGGGGAAGCAAAUCACAACCCCAGAAGGCUGAGCCAUGCCAGGAAAAGCCUGGGAUGUCAGGAAUCAGGAUCACACUCAGCUCCUGGCUCCACCGAGAAGGCCACCCUGGCAGAGGCCAGCCUGCUGUGUCUCAGUGACACAGGCUUUGAAUAG